AUGCUUUCCAGUAAAACAAAGCACUACCUCCAUUGUCUUCUCUUCUUUACUGUAAUAGUUAUUGUUGAAAUAUUUGCCGGUGGUAUAAAAGUAUUAGAAGGAGGAGCGUUUGUACCGGCUACAGAAAUCAACCCUUGGGUUCAGUAUGGAAUAUUGGGUGCAUCGCUGCUGUAUUUGUUGCGAUUGAUGACGUUUUUACCAUUACCCCAAGUUUUGUUUAAUUUCGUAGGACUCACUUUUUAUAAUGCUUUUCCUGAUAAGGUAGUCUUGAAAGGAUCUCCUCUUUUGGCUCCUUUCAUAUGUAUUAGAGUGGUAACAAGGGGAGAUUUUCCACAGCUUGUUAAAAACAAUGUAAAUAGAAAUAUGAAUAAGUGCUUGGAUGCGGGUAUGGAAAACUUUUUGAUUGAAGUUGUAUCUGAUAAACCUAUUGGGCUGGAUGAACACAGACGCAUUCGAGAAGUUGUUGUACCAUCAAGUUACCGUACAAAAAGUGGUGCUUUAUUCAAAGCUCGUGCCCUGCAGUAUUGUCUUGAAGAUAAAGUUAACAUUUUAAGUGAUAAUGAUUGGGUUGUUCAUUUGGAUGAAGAGACUCUACUGACAGAGAACUCAGUUAAGGGUAUACUCAAUUUUGUUAUGGAAGGCAAACACCAAUUUGGGCAAGGACUGAUAACUUAUGCAAAUGAAGAAGUGGUUAAUUGGCUUACAACAUUAGCCGACUCUUUUCGGGUAACUGAUGAUAUGGGAAAACUGAGGUUGCAGUUCUUGAUGUUUCACAAGCCUUUGUUCAGUUGGAAAGGAUCUUUUGUUGUGACUCAGGUGGGAGCCGAAAAAGACGUUUCCUUUGAUAAUGGCUUGGACGGUUCGGUAGCAGAAGACUGCUUUUUCGCAAUGCAAGCUUACAGCAAAGGAUACAGCUUCAAUUUCAUUGAAGGCGAGAUGUGGGAAAAAUCACCUUUCACCCUUUGGGAUUUUGUACAGCAACGGAAACGAUGGAUGCAGGGAAUCCUCCUUGUGGUCCACUCGAAAUCCAUACCUUUUAAAAAUAAAAUAUUCUUAGGUUGCUCUUGCUACUCUUGGCUAACUUUACCCUUGUCUGUCUCCAAUGUGCUAUUGGCUUCAAAAUUUCCCAUUCCUUGUCCACCCGCUAUUGAUUUUUUGGUCGCAUUUAUCGGAGCCGUCAAUAUAUACAUGUUUAUAUUUGGUGUUAUUAAAUCAUUCACGGUAUACAGGUUUGGGCUGAGCAGAUUUUUACUGUGUGUUGUGGCGGCAGUGAUAGUGAUUCCUUUCAACUUGAUAAUUGAAAAUAUAGCUAUUAUUUGGUGUAUUUUAGGAAAGAAACACAAAUUUUAUGUUGUCAAUAAGAGCGUGGGGCCUGCCAUUACUGUCUAAGUUCAACAAUAUAUUUAUUGUCAGUCUGAAUUAUAAUUUUGAUCGAUUGAUAAUCAGUGUGAAUUGGUAUCCAAAAUGGUUUGAAUGUUUCAUCUGAAUCGUGACAGGCUCUUGAACAGAAUAAUAAUUGAACUGUAAUCAGGAAAUUUCAAUUACUGUUAUUUAUCAGUAAAAAGCUACAAAACUCUGAGGUGCUUUUUGAAUGUACUCGACGUAUUUUAAGAGCACGGAUAGGGUGGAAUAAUUCUCCAAUGCUCAGAAUUAUUGCAAUAUUGUAGUCAUAGUCCAAAGAUGCUGUUUCGCUCAAAUAUUUUCCCUAAUAUUUUCCAAUAAGAUACGCUGAAGAUUAGAUAUAAAAGUUCUCUUUCAUAAAUGAAAUGAUUUCAUUGGGAAUAUACAUUUUUUGAACCAAGAGGAGCAAACAUUUUUUGUGGAAUAAAUACACAUAUUCAAUAUCAGCUAUCAGUAAUUUCAAUUUCACAUGUAGAAGUGGAUUUUGAAAGUUUAUUACCAAAUAUACGAUCAGUUCAAUUUAGAUUUGUCCACUGUAAAAAAUAUAGUAAAUAUCCUUUUUUUUUCUGAAUUACAAUUCAGUUAUUUUGCUCCCUUGGAACGGAUCAAAGAAUGGAACAUGAUCAAGUUCUUAAACUUACCGAUGAAUUCACUGAUGGAUUCAUCUAUUGGUCCAUUUGAAACGUUAGUGUGUUUGUAUUGGUUAAAGCGAUCCAUUGGAAAUUUUCUGUUGAAUUUUAUAACUAAUGGAGCUAAUUUACUUGAAAUCAUGUUAUUGGAAAUUUUACUACAAAGGGGCCAAGAAUGACUUAUUAUUGACAAAAUGGUUAAGGCUUUCGUGGCCGAGGUUUUUAGUGUUACUAUUAUUCGGGUUGGAAGGCUGUGUAAUUUUGGAAUUUUUCAUGACGUUUCGCUGGAACGAGUGGCUACCUUCUUCAAAGGUUUAUAUGUCCUGUGUUGAUAUCCGAUGACUAAAUAUUACGGUUUCCUGACCUGUAUACCUGAAUUAGGCAAUUUGUCGGUAACAUAAAUGGACCCUUUUCUACCUGGCGUCAUGCUGUUUGCUAUCAUGGAAUUUCUCAGAAUGGGAUUCCAUAUUUGAUUUAGUUUCUCCGCUUCUUUUUUUCUGUUGAAAUUAUCCGUAUGUUUGUGGAUCUCUGUUGCCUCCCGUACCAGUCGGCAAUUUCAAACAUAAUCCUGUGGUUUCCUUCACUAAGUUUCGUGUUCUGUGACACACGACUUGUCCCUUUGACCUAGUCUGCAGUUUCUUUCAUGCUCCUUCAGCCUUGUUCCCAUGGAUCUUUUGGUGGUUCCAAUAUAUAUACCUUUCCACAAUUGCGAUAAACCCCUGCUGCUGAUAAUCACAUACCUUGAAAAAGUACCUAAUCCAGAUACAAUUAUUAGCACUCCAAACUACCUGACACCUGUAAUAUUCAGUCAUCGGAUAUGAACCCAGCAUGCAUAAACCUCUGAAAAAGCUGGCCACUCGCGCCAGCAAAACGUCAGGAAAAAUUCCAAGAAUACACAGCCUUUGAACCCGAAAAAUUGUGACAAUGAUGAAUUAUUAUUGUUUGAAAUAUUGCCUUUCAUGUUUUAUGUAAAGUCCAAACCUGCAUGUAGCAUUCUACUUUAAAAUGAUUUCAUAUGAUCUCGGUUAACCCUAACUCUAAUUGAAGUCGUUUGCCAUGGUUGAAUUUUCGUUACUUUUAUGGUAGACAAACUUUGUUACAGAAUCAUUUUCCAUUUUCCUCAAAUAUAUUAUGCAUUUGUAUUUUGAAAUAUCAAAUAUUCCUUUUCAACAUUACCUUUCAGAAGGAAAUCUUAAAAAAUAAUAACCAGGUACCAAGAAGUCAAUUGUACUUAGCUCCAAAAUUUAAAGAAAACCAUGAAAAUGGAAAAUGUCAAUUGGCAAUAAUUAUUUAUAAUUUUGAGUUUGUAUUUGCAAGAUGACUGAAUAUCCAUUUACAAUAGAUAUGGGUAAAUAAAUGCAUAUCAAUGUAUAAGUUAAAAAAUAUUCUAAGUAGGUUUGAAAUGAGUAUAGCUACUUAUAUAGGCUUAAAGGUUUGUCAUUGCCCAAUUAAGGUACUCACUAAUAUUAUUUAUAUUAUUUAUCAAUUUAAAUAUAAUUCAGAAGUAUCAAUGAGAAAUUUGUAUAUGUAGUAGAAUAGUUGAAAAAGUGGCAACUACAGAAUAAUUAAUUUAUUGCAAUUCCAUUUUCAACUUUUCAAAUAAAUAUAUCAAUUGAUAAUUUUAUACCAUUUGAACAAACUUCUAAAUUUCAAAACAAUGUUAGUACUGUUGAUGCGAAUAAAAAGCAUAUUUCAGUUCAAUAAAUAUCGGAAGUCAUACAAACAAUUGUAUUUUGAAUUUCAGUGAAGAUUGAAUUCCUAAAUAUUUUCUUCUUUAUCAUUUUUAGUGGAUGUCUUUAUGGGUAUAAAUCAAUUGUGCCAAUGAUAUAACUUUCAUUAUUCUACUACAGCUACAGAAGCAUUAAGUUUAGACAUAAUUUUUCUACUCUCAUCACUUGUUCCAAAAUGUCACUGAACCCUGGUAAUCUUCAUGGUUGCAAUUUAUUUAUAAAUAUUUACUGAUCCCGGUGAUUCAUCAGUCACAUUGAGAGAUAUGUUUUUAUCUCGUGUUCCUCCUGAAUCUUACUUAAAUUUAAUUUUCCAUGUUAUCAGUCAGGCGAAAUUUGCUAACAAUAAGAUACACUUUCUCAAUAUUUUUUAUUUUACAUUAUUUCAUGUGUAGUUUGCUCUCAGAUUCUAUAGUUAAGUCAUCUGUGAUUCAUUUGUAUCUUUUAAAACAAACUAAACUCAUUCAUCAUCAAAUUGAAGAGUAAAGUGGAAAAUGGCAUUUUGAAAAAAUCAAACUGAUCAUUUUCUAUUGUUUGAUUGAUUUAUAUUAUCCAGCAUUUGCACUAUUCAUAUUAUGUGUAACAUUGAUAUUGGCAAAUAUUUGUUGAAAAUUCCCAGUUUGAUUUCAUCAUUUGUCAAUAUAUCUGUGUACCCGAGGAAUUAGGAAAAUUAUUCUACAGAAACCCCAAAUGUUUAGACAGUUGGUAAUUGAAAUUGUUUUUGAACUCUGCAGUGAAUAAUCGUUGAUUUUUAAAUUCGUUUGUCAAUAAAUUAUAGCAAUUCCUCAACUGAAUUAGCUUGUUUUAACAUGAAGAAACUCAGUGCAACUUAACGAGAGUAUCUUGAAAUUUCUAGAAAGAUCUUUCAACCAACAUAUUACAAAUGUUAUUGGCAACUUUUACUAUGUAAAAAAGCAAUUUCACCAAAAUGGGGGUUCAUUAGAAGGUGUCCUGCCACUCAAACCUUUUAAUGAAAUUUAACAUCAAUGUGUCACCUACAACUAAAUCCACUCUACGGAGGUAUUUCUACCUACUAUCUUGAGGGUUCUCAUAAGGUUCCAUCAGAUAAAAGUGAUUCCUCAUAAUAUUUGCCAAUGAACCCAAAUGUUUUCCCCAAUCUCUGAAGUCCUAUAUACUGUUUCCAAAUGUACAUUGAAUUUAAAUAAAAAAAGUGCAAAUUUCUGAGGAGGAAUCAUUAGUUGUUCUAAUUAAAUUAAGUGAUGUCAUCCUUGUUUAGUCUCUUCUAUGCUUAUGUCAAUUACUUAUAAAGAAAAGGUCCAAUCAUUUUAACAAGCAUAUGGACAUUUAAGAAAAAAAUUUGGGUAUUCAUCGACAUCACAGCGAUGUUUUUCCUUGAAUUUUUUCUUAAGGUUCCCUAGUAUUCAAAGGCAAUUUUCAUUGAAAAUCCGAAUCAUCUAAUUAUGAAAUCGAUAUGAAGAUAUCCUUAAAUUAUUUGUUCUGCUAUGAUUAUAAUGAAAAAAGCAGAUAGUAAAAAGUGCUUUUUGAUUCUUUUCAGGAUAAUUACAAUAGAGUGGCUUUCAGAUCAGAAUGUAUUGUUAGCAAAUUUAUAGUUACAUUGCAAAUGAAACAUUCUCUUGUUGUAACAGAAACCUAUUUGGUUUAUUUUGCAAAAAUUUCAAAUUAUCAUUUGGGAAGAGAGCAUGUUUCAUUAAAAUAAAAAACUGUCAUGUUUCCCUAUGAAAUAUGACAAGAAAUUUCAUUUUGGAAAUGUGUUGAUUAGAAAAUUGUUGAUUGUGUUGGUAUGGGACUGACAGUUUUUAAUUUUGUGUUUACUUUCUUCAAAAAAUAUGUUUUAGGAACUAGCCGAUCCUGAAGAAGUACUAUUACACUGUAUCGUUCACUCUCCAAUUGGUAGAUUUUUUCAGGUAUUAACUCUUAGGUAGGACGUUUUUUAUAAUCUGUAGGAAACAGGAGACCGAACCAAGAAGGCAGUUAACAGUUACCAAAAACCACAAUUUUUUUUUAAAUUUUGGAAAAAUGAUUCACCUCAAAACACAAAAUGUGGCAAUUAAUGAAGGAUAUAUUUUUAGGAGAUUGUGUUUCAGGGUACAGUUGUACUUUGCUUAAAAAUAUACGGGUUUUGUAUCUGUUAGUUAUUGAACCUAAUAUGUUGUAUUUAUGUGUAUCAAUUAAUUUUUUCAGAAGGUUGCAUAAAAAGGCCAUAAAUAAUCUUCCAGCAGUUUUCAAUGUAUAGAUUGGUUUCAACACAUUAUAUAUACUGUAUUAUGGGGUUGUUGACGCGGGAAUCAUAAAUUUGAACUUUCCAGACUUCCUAGCGAAUUUCAUUUGAAAUGAUUGUUAAUUUGUCACCAGAAAUAUUUUAGGUGACUAAAAUUGGACUUUAAAAAAAUGGGGACUUGCUUUUGAAAAAGUGAUUCUUAGAACAGAAAAAUUAUUGAUGUUUCAUCACAGUGGUCGGUCUCCUUUGCUAUUGAGAAGACUUAACUUGUAACUAGUCAUUCGUUUAAUAAAUUAUAGUAGCUCCAAUCACAUUUAUAGAAAUACAUUUUUUGUUAGGAUUCUUACUUGUUUCUUUGUACAGAAUGGAAAUGUAAUGUAUAAUUAAAAUCUUAUUAUGAUGAGCAGAA